AUAUGCAAUUGUGACCGCCAUGCACAAAUAAAUACAAAUAUUGUUUUAUUUUCCCUUUCCAGGUUAAUUUAAUUGACUCAGAAAUAAGAACAAAUCAAAGCACUCAAACUACUAGGCGAAAUGUGAGGAAUAUUGGUACCCAGACUAUUGUGGAAAAAUUAAAAUCAACUGAAAUUACUGAUAAGCAGCAGCCAAGUAAAGAUUCCAAGCAAGCAAAACCAUGUUUUAUAUCUUUUGAAAAGUGCAAAGGAAAUGCCAGAUUCCAAUUUUUUACUGGACUUGAUAUUAGAGACUUUGAAGUGUUGUUUGAACUUUUAGGAGGAGAUGAUGUCAUUAGAAAUCUCAAACAAAAAUAUAAUCUAAAUGAUUUUGAUGCUAGGUACUCAAAAGUCUCAGGACGUGAUCGUCUCUUCCUGUUUUUAAUUAGAUUGAGAAGAGGAGUGCCAUUAGAUGACUUGUCAGAAAUAACCGGUAUUGGAAGAUCAUACCUUGGAGAUCUGUUAUACGUCAUGACUAGACAUAUAUAUUUGACCUUUAAAAGCAUGGAAAGUCAUUUUUUUCCCACUGCAGCUCAACAAGAAAAGAACAAGCCAAAGCCAUUCAAGCCAUUCCAAAAUCUGAGAAUUAUACUGGAUGGUGCACAUUUUUUCACAGAAACGCCAACAAACUUCGAACAACAAGGAAAUACAUACUCACUGUACAAACAUCACAACACUUUUGUAGUGGUCGUCGGGAUAUCCUGCCAAGGUGCUGUAACAUUUGUAAGUCCUGCUUUUGAGGGCAAUAUGAGUGAUAAGAGAGCUGUGUUAGAAAGUGGGCUGCUGGAACGUCUUGAUGAAGGGGAUGCAGUUAUGACUGACAGAGGAUUUGACAUUGCGGGUGAGCUUUUAGAUAUUGGUGUCAGACUUUACAAGCCACCAAGUCUCGGAGACCGUAAUAAAUUAACAGGAGAAGAAGAAAUUUUGACAAAGGCAAUUGCAGCUGCUCGAAUUUAUGUGGAACAUAUUAUUGCUGACAUUAAAGACAAUAGAUUGUUACAGGGUGUUAUACCGCUUAAGUUGUUACCGGUAAUUUCAGAUCUUAUCUACAUAGCAGGCUACCUCUGCAAUUUUAAGCUAUCACGAAUUCAUGCUUAUAAAAAAACAAAAAAGAAUAAGUUUAAGAAAAAGUAAGGUAUUUGAAUUGAUAGAAAAUCUAUAUAUAGGAAUAUAUGAAUUAUUGUUUGUAUUACGAAUUACAUGUUUGAAUUUAUUAUAAUGUUGACUAGUUUGGAAAAAAACUGAUCAUUCUUCAAACUGCACAUUUGUUGUCGCGAGUAAAACAUACUAUGCUUAAAGACAAAGGGCCUUCUAACAUAGUGCCACCAGAUCCUACCUUGUUAAUUAUUCCAUACUGUUGUUACAAUAGUUUGAUUUUACUUGUAACACUGUACUAACGUCUACAUAAACCAAGUUUAGUCAAGAUUAUUUUGUUAGUCAAUAAAUAAAAUUUUAAAUACUUACUAACUACUUUGAUUUAAAACCUUUCUACAAUAAUUAAGGCACCUUCAGUGUAAUAAUGAAACAUACCAGCGUGACCAUUCAACCUUAUAUGAGACCAUAAGUAAAGAAGCAGCGCACUAAUAUGGCUGCAUCUGCC